CAGUGGAGUAUUAACAGAGACCCAGACGGGAUCCUCCUCUCUCAGAAACCAUCAUGAAGGUGGCGUGUCUCCUGCUUCUCACUCUGACUCUCUUCUUCAUAUAUUCAGAUGCUACCAUUGAAGCAGGACGGAUUACCUGUCCUCCCUAUCCCAAAUCAAUAUGCACUUUACAGUACAGCCCACUUUGUAGUUCUGAUGGCAGAACAUAUAGCAACAGCUGUUUUUUCUGCAAAGCAUAUAUUAAAAGUAGUAGAAGGCUUAGACUGAAGCACUAUGGACGAUGCCGGCGAUAUGGAGAUGCACAAGACUAAAGGAUAUUGUUUAAACAUCAAGGCAUUACCACAAAUAAAUCCACAGCUGUUUCUGCUUUUGCUCUAUUUGCUUGGGAACAUCCUAAUAUCAUUUAUCAAUAAAGUAAGCUAAGCAUCA